AUGAGUUUCAAGCAAAACAGUAGUGAAGAAGUUGCUGAUACCGCCGAGCAGUUCAGCAACAAAGUGAUGAAUCCCCAUCAACGUCGUCAGUUUGAGGAUUACAACAUCAUGGUAGCGAAAAAGGAAAAGAUCGAAAAGGAAGACAAAAUGAUCCAUCACAUCCACGUUCGAAACAUGUGGUUAACGGCAAAUCUGAAAGCCAUCGAUGCUUAUGACUCUUUUUACAAAAACACGAAAGCUCUGUUGAUUUUAUUCCAAAUUAUGGGAGUUGUUCCGAUCACGCGGGAGAAAAAGGGACGUUCACGAGAUCGAACAAGUUUCUCUUACGCUUCAAAGGAGUCACUCUGGGCAUAUUUUCUUUAUAGUUUUCAGACUGCGGUCGUUAUUAGUGUUGGUUAUGCUCGCAUCGACGAAUUUGUCCAAUCGACUGAUCAAACGUUCGAUGUCAUCAUUCAUCGUGUGAUUUUUAUCACAAUUUUGCUCGUACAUUUCAUUCUGCCCUUUGCUUCGUGGCGAAAUGGCUCAAAAGUGGCUGAAUUUAAGAAUAUGUGGACGAAAUAUCAGCAGAAACAUGCUCGCGUUUGCGGAGAAAGAAUUUAUUUCGGUAAAUUGAGCUUCAUUACGUGGGGAUUGUGCUUUUUAUCAUGGACUUUGGGCAUCACUUUGGUACUGGCAGAGUACUUUUUGCAAACGGACUUUAAAUUUUGGCAUACUUUUGCUUAUUAUCACAUUAUAGCGACGUUAAAUUGCUUCUGUGCUCUAUGGUACAUCAACUGCACCGCCUUCAGUCUUGCCAGCGAAAAAGUAAUUCGUCCCUUAGGACAGAUUCUCCGUUCAAAUGUGUCGCCAUCCUCGCAUCGCAUUGCCGAAUUCCGCAAUUUAUGGAUCGAUUUGAGUCAAAUGAUGCGUCAACUGGCACGUGUCAACUCCGACAUCUACAGUCUAUACCUCAUCAUGAUCUUUUUUGUCACAAUUAUCGCCUCUUACGGCACUAUCAGCGAAGUAAUGGACCACGGAUUCACUUUCAAAGAGCUCGGACUCCUCAUGAUCGCCUUUUAUUGCAUGGGAAUUUUGUACAUAAUUUGCAACGAAGCACAUUACGCGAAUCUCAAGGUCGGCUACAUGUUCCAGCAAAUCCUGUUCAACGUAAAUACCGUUGGAUUGACACAAAAUGCGAAGAAAGAGUUGGAAAUGUUCAUAAUUGCCAUUCAAAAAAAUCCGCCGGUCAUGAGUUUGAAUGGAUAUUUAACGGUAGAUCGGGGUCUUGUGUCAUCGAGUAUGACUUUUAUCACAACUUACUUGAUCGUUUUGAUGCAAUUUAAGAUGUCGCUUAUUCGACAAAAUAAUUUUGCUGCCCAAAGAGCCGCGACAGCAAAUAUAACUUUAACGUAG